GUGAUCAGUCUGAAGAUCGUUUUCACACACGAGUGACUGUUCAGAAAACAUCUCAUAAAAAUGUUUCAUAUUUUUUUAAUUUUUAGUUUAUGCUUGUGGCACCUUCCUGGUGUGGUUGGUGUUGAUACAGAUGAAGUGAAGUCUGUGUCUGUGAUGGAGGGAGAUACUGUGACUUUAAACAGUGAUCUUACUGAAAUCCAGGAGGACGAUUUGAUCAUGUGGAUGUGUGGAGAUUCUUGUAUAGCUAAACUCAACACGACAUACCAAAUGAUCUCUGAAGGCAAUGAGAGAUUCGGGGGCCGAAUGGAGCUGGACAGUACGACUGGAUCGCUCACCAUCAGAAACAUCUCAACCAUAGACGCUGGACAAUAUAAAGCUCAGAUCAUUGGAGAAAAAGUGACAAGGAAAACGUUCAAUGUUACUGUCAAUGCUCGUCUUCCUGUUCCUGUCAUCAUCAGUUAUUGUCCACAAAAUCCUCCAUCAUCGGAAAUAUCAUCAGUUUCAAAAUGUGUGUUGAUGUGUUCAGUAUUAAGUGUGAGAGAUGCGACUCUCUCCUGGUACAAAGGAAACAGUUUAUUGUCCAUCAUCAGUGUGUCUGAUCUCAACAUCAGACUCUCUCUACCUCUGGAGAUUGAAUAUCAGGAUACAAACACAUACAGCUGUGUACUCAACAAUCCCAUCAGUAAUCAGACUCAACAUCUCAACAUCCCUAAACUCUGUCAGCCGUGUUCAGAUUGUGUCUGCUGUUGUGGUACUACUGAAGCUGUGAUCCAGUUGGUCAUUUCAGUUCUGGUGGGCGUGGCUACUGUUGUUGUUUUAGUUUAUGACAUCAUGUCCAGAGGAGCUGAACAGCAAAGAGGGCAAACAAGGGCUUCUGCUUUUCUAGGUCACUAAUGCGUGUUUUUAUUAUAAGAGGAGCCUUUAGCGUGCAUAUUUUAACAAUAACAAUCAUAUUUUGAUUUAGCAACAAUGUGCUUACACAAUGAUUUCUCUUGUUGUGGUUUAGUAAUGUGGGUGGUGACCUGCAUCUGUGUCACUUUCUGUGUUAUAACCUGUAGGAGCAAGAACAGGAAGUUGUUUUGCAAAAAAAAAAAACUUGUUACUUCUGAAAAACUGUGACCCCUUACCAUCAGUCACACCUUAAAACUUUGCUGUAGUUAUGCAAAUGUUUGUCAGUAACUUACUGUAGAAUUAAAUG